AUGGAUUUUCUUUUGCAACAUUUUAGAAGGUUAUUUUCGUUCUUGUGCGGAAAUUCUGACGAUGUGCACCCGAAGGUAAGCCAAAAAGGUUUAAUUGAGUCUUGAGUUUAAAAGCUGCAAAAAUCAUAACUUUCAUUUUAUAAAUGACAGCAGAUAUUAUCGAUGAAGAUAAAAACUGUCGUUAGACGAGAGACGUAAGCAACUGUGGAGAUUCAGUAGAAUCUCUGCCUGCAAAAUCCUACCAUAAAUGUAGAUGAACACUAAAUUUUGCCAUUAAGCAAAUACACUUCCUCGUCCACCCUAACAAGUCGACCCAAACAAGUGACAAACUUAACCUUAAAAAAAGGAUUGUGUUAGAUGGGAUCCAGGUCGAUAACAGUCAAAAUAUUAUGAUAAUUAAAAGGCUUGGCAAUAAAAGUACUUAUAUUGAUCAGAGAAUGCACGUUUGAUGAGUUAUGAUGCAUGGGUCAUCCCUGUACUUUGUGGAGUGUAGCUUCCAGCUUAAUCUGCAACCGAUUACCACUACUGUGGUGCUGUACCUGGGAUACUGCUCCAUCCUAAGGGAGCAUACACUGCUAACAACAAGAGCAUGCCAUUAGUCAACUUUACAAGCAUGCUUUUUUCAUUUGUAAAAGAACGAAGUUUAUCUGUAGUUUGACCAAAGCCACUUGCGUCUUAUCUCCAUGCACCACUUUACCAGGGGGGAGGGGGGGUACUGGCAUAUAUGAGCUAUAUAGGUAUGUGCCACUGUGAAGGGUAUGAUUUUCAAGCAGUUUACUCUGGGAUAUGGUAUAUAUAUAUAUCAGAGAGUUUAGGUCUAGAAUAGGGUAUCAUUUUCCAGGAAACUGAUCAAUUGGUUGAAGAUUUCAGUCUAGACCAGGGAAACCAGGAAAUGCUACUCAAAAAUGUAAAAUAAUCAGUUUUGUUUUAGUUGGACUGUGGUUUCUGGAAAACAGCUACUCUAGGAUAGGGGGAAUUUGGGGAAUUUAGUCUAGUAUAAGGAAGCAAAAUUCACUUGAACUAUAGAUUUGGUUUAGGCUAAGGGUUCCAGGGUCACAGCAGCACAUAGCCACCCAAAACUUUCAGGUACAUUACGUCAGAACAAUAUAAGGCAGGUAUACAGUCAUGGCAUUCAAGGACAUCAUGUGGUAAAACCUAUAUUAAUAAUUGCCACCUCUUUAAGUUUAUAAUAAUAAACAGUUGAUGUUUUUCUCCUAGUGGCAGACAGUCCAUAAAUUAAAAAAAGUUAUAAAAAGAAGGUGAAUAACAUACAAAUUAGGGUAAUCUGGUGCUGUACCUUACUUGCUUGUUCUGAACUUUUCCAUUCUGAAGUUUUAUCUGUUUAUUUGUUAUUAUAUAGAAGCCACUGGAUCCAAAUAAUACAACCAGAAUUACCGUUGCCCUUGCGGAAGCCUGGCCUGCAUUGCAAACUCUCCAUUUGGGGAAUAUCGUGAGUAAGUCAUGUGGGAGCAGCACUCAAAAAAAGACACCAGAACAAAGGGCUCCCUUUCUCUACCUUUCAUGGCUCUGCAGCUCUCAUGCAGGCAUUCUCUUGCUGAUCGAUUGCCUCUCAAAAUUUAAUGGAGAGCUUGCUUACAGGCUAAUGGAUGAUCAUGAUCAGUUGCACUGACAGAGUCUCACUGUAUUCUUUAUGUUUAACUCAUUAUUUCUCAAUAGCAUUCUUGGUAAUCUUUCCUAGAUUUGUCUUUCUGAUGCUGAUGUUUCAUCUGCAGAGGAAGCAAAUAUGAUAUUGCAAACACAUAGCAACCCUCACCAAGUUGAGGAAUUUAUUCUUGAAGGUAUGCAUAUUUUAUAAAGCUUUGUCAGUGCAUUUAUUUAAAUAAAUUGCCUUCAUAUCAAUGUACUAUUAUAGAGUUCCCAAUCCCCAUCCACCUAUAGAUUUGUCCUGUCCAUGUAUUUUAGGGUCCCAGAGCCACAAAAUAUCGUGCAAAUAAAAACAAUAACAACAACUUGACGUCUUUACAAUUUUGUGCUCUGCUAGUUAUUUAAUUUCACUAAAAGUAAUGACCCCAAGGUACCAUGCAAAAUGAAAAUUUUUAAAUCAACUAAUAACUGACAAAAAAACAAGGUCUUUAUAUCAAGAGUGUAUGAAAAGCCACAUAAAUACUCAUCAAAGUGAUAGCUAUAGUAAUUCACACACUUACAAUUGCACGAAGCAAUAAUUAUUUUCAACCAAACUGUUUUUUCUCUGCAAGGAAAGCCAAGCAUACACAGCAUUCCUAUCCAACUGUUUUCACAAAUUUGCAAAGGCUCAGUCUGUGUGGUAAUCAACUGCAAGACAUUCCAUGGUCUAUUAUUUACCUGCGGCAACUCAAGGAGCUCGAUGUUUCCUUCAAUGCUUUGGUAGGUGCUGGUUUUAUUCAAUUUUGAGAUUGUUUUAUUCAUUCUAUACCAGGGCUGUCAACCCCCCACGUCCUCAGAUAUUGAGAAUUGAUGGGGAAGGGAUGAUAGAUGAUGUCACAAUGCACGGCACAUGACCUCAUUUGUGACAAAAAAAAACGCAAAAAAGAUGUUGUUGGAAUUGUAAAAUUUGACCUAAUUGAUUUACUUCCCACCAAUCACAUCAUUGCUUAUAUUACAACGGCAUACCGGAGUUUGUGAGGAAAAGUUCGAUGUUAACAGUAAAAUAGCUCAAAUAAGGCAAAAUAUGUGACAUUUCAUUGUCAGAAAGUCGAAUCUACAAGAAAUGGCAAACUUCGGCGAUUAUCUGGGAGAUUUCAGACUCUAAUCUGGAGACCGGGAGAAACGGUUCAAAAUCUGGUGUCUCCCAGAUUAUCCGGGAGAGUAAUUGACAGCCCUGCUAUAAAAUGUUAUUAAUUCACAGCAGCUGAUCACAUGAGGCUUGAUAUUGGCCAAAAAUUAAGAUAUUAUCUGUACCACAUUACUGUAAGUGCAUAACAGGCUCAUUUAUUACUUAAUAUUUCACGAUACUAAAUCACUUUUGGGAAAUUCUUUUUGCUAAAAUGUGGAAAAGGCCAAGGCUUAAUUCAAAUGUAAAUGAAAUUACUGUAUACAAUUUUGUGUAGACAGUUACAAGCAUAUACUGUUAUUGGUUAUGGUACUUGUUAACCACCUUUUAAAAGUUCCCAGAAAUUCAAGCACACUGUUAAUUUGUGUUCUCAAAGAACUUUCCAUCCACCUGUUAAAAAUUGAUCAUUAAUUCUUGUUGUUUUGUUGUACAUUAGCAUGUUCAUAUUUUGUUGGCUAAAUAAUAAUAUUGUCCAUAAUUUACUUCUAUGUAAAAAAAUGUUUUCAAUUAUAUACUAUGUGUUUAUGUUACUCUUUAAUUGCUUAUUCACUAUGAGCUGUUAGCUAUUAUUGUUUCCCCUUAUUAUUUUAUUUAUCAAUUUUUAUUUUAUUAGAGUGUUCUUCCAAGAAUUGUGUGCUAUGUUCCAACCUUGCACGUUCUAUCAUUUCAGUAAGAAGACUAAAACUUUGCCACAGAAAUAUAUUUGUCCUCAAAAAAAUGAAGGGAUCAAGAGCAAUAUUAAGUGACUAUUCUUUAUUCAAGGGAGUGCUUCUUUUUUCAAGUGUAAGAUGUUUAGUUUUGAAAGCCAUGAAAUUCAUCUGUUAGCCCUUUUGGGGCCCCUUCACAGACCCAAAUGACAGAUUUUCCUACCCUGUCGUAUCCUUCAACGGUAAAAUCCCCACCCUUUCAUAUACCUUAAGCCUAAAAAUGGUACCCCUUUCAGGUGGAGCCUCCCCUGAUAGGCCAUUAUAGAGAGUACCCCCUGGGCGUGGCAUGCAUCACAAUGGGUGGGGCAUAUAAAGUCUCUAUUUUCUUGGUGCUCUAGAGUACUUUUAAAAGUACGUAUAAGUUCAUGGUGAAGAAAAUGUUCCAAAGGGACUAAUACUAAUCCUCCAUCCUCUCUCUUUUUAUCUUUUUCUUCAGAAACAACUUUAUCACCUAUUUACCAACAGAGCUGCUUAAUUUACCCAGUCUUAAGACUUUAGAGGCGCAAGAUAAUCCCUUGGUUUUGCCUCCUCCAGCAAUCGCAGAGAGAGGAAGAGAAUCCAUUUUAGCUUACCUUAGAAAGAGAAAAAGCAGAAGAAACAUGUUUUCAGACUUCAAGCCAUGGAUCUCUCCAAAUGAUAACCUGGUCACUGUAGAGGUAUCAACCCUGGUAGAGCUCUGUGUCAAGUAA